CUCCCCCCCUCGCCGCCCCCGAGUAUAAAGGUCCGCCUUGUCCUGGCACAGGACGGUUUUAGAGCUGGCCUUGAAGUAGUUGCUGUUGCACCCUGGACGUCCAGCUGACCGCGGACCUGCUUCUGAGAAAUGUCUGCCAGCGAGACAGAAGCCAGUGCCAGCAGCACCCAGGUGACCGCGGAAGAACCGGUACAGCAGCCCAGCGUGGUGGACCGCGUGGCUGGAAUGCCACUCAUCAGCUCCACAUGCCACAUGGUGUCUGCCGCCUACACGUCCACCAAGGAGAGCCACCCCCACGUCAAGACCGUCUGCGACGUGGCCGAGAAGGGCGUGAAGACCCUCACGGCGGCUGCUGUCAGCGGGGCCCAGCCCAUCCUGUCCAAGUUGGAACCCCAGCUCACAUCAGCCAGUGAAUACGCCCACAGGGGACUGGACAAGCUGGAGGAAAAUCUGCCCAUCCUGCAGCAGCCAUCGGAGAAGGUCCUGGCAGACACCAAGGAGCUUGUGUCGUCCAAGGUGUCUGAAGCCCGAGAAGCUGUGUCAAACACAGUGUCCAGCGCCAAGGACACAGUGGCCUCCCGGGUGACUGAGGCAGUGGAUGUGACCCGGGGUGCUGUGCAGAGUGGCGUGGACCUGACCAAGUCCAUGGUGACCAGCAGCGUCCACUCGGUCAUGGGCUCCCGCGUGGGCCAGAUGGUGCUAAGCGGGGUGGACACAGUGCUGGGCAAGUCGGAGGAGUGGGUGGACAACCACCUGCCCAUGACGGACGCUGAGCUGGCCCACCUUGCCACGUCCCUGGAGGGCUUUGACAUGGCCUCGGUGGCCCAGCAGCGGCAGGAUCAGAGCUACUUCGUGCGUCUGGGCUCCCUGUCGGAGAGGCUGCGCCAGCGGGCCUAUAAACACUCUCUAGGCAAACUACAGCACACCAGGCAGAGAGCCCAGGAGGCCCUGCUGCAGCUGUCGCAAGCACUCAGCCUGAUGGAAACUGUCAAGCAAGGAGUUGAUCAGAAGCUGGUGGAGGGUCAGGAGAAACUACACCAGAUGUGGCUCAGUUGGAACCAGAAGCAGCUUCAGGGCGGGGAGGAAGACCCAGCCAAGCCAGAGCAGGUUGAGUCCCAGACAUUCACCAUGUUCCGUGACGUCACCCAGCAGCUGCAGACCACCUGCGCCUCGCUGGGCGCCAGCCUCCAGGGGCUGCCCGCCCACGUGAAGGAGCAGGCGCUGCAGGCUCGCCGCCAAGUGGAGGACCUCCAGGCCACCUUCUCCGGCAUGCACUCCUUCCAGGACCUGUCCAGCAAUGUCCUGAUGCAGAGCCGCGAGCAGGUGGCCAGGGCCCGAGAGGCCCUGGACCACGUGGUGGAUUAUGUGGCUCAGAACACACCUGUCAUGUGGCUGGUGGGACCCUUUGCCCCCGGAGUUGUGGAGAAAGCUCCAGAAGAGAAGAAGUAGAAGAGACAGGAGAGGGGCUCGGAGUGCCCAGUCCUCCCUGAGGGGCUGGCAGGCCGCAUGGGACACCCCACUGGGAACACGGGCUUCUGUGCAUUCCUCCCAGCUCAUCGCAGCUGUCACCUUGGAAAACAGAGGUCCUUAAAACUGACCAGUCCCUCACCCUCUUGGAGCUUGGAGGAAGCACAUCCUAAGCCCCGCAGCAGUCAUUAGGAUGAGCGGUCCAUAAAAAUUUUUUCUAGAAGCUCCCCCUGUCAAAUUUUUUUUUCUCCCUUAAAAGCCAGGGGUAUACUUUUGAUAUCCCACUUGCUUUUCUACGUCAAGGGCCCUGGAUAUCAGCUUUUAGCUAAGGGACGUGAGCUUCUCCAAAGUGGGCCUCCUGGGGAUGGGGUGGGGCCAGAACAGCUGACAUUCAUUCUAGAACAGAAGAGCGCUAAGGCCUGCCUGGCCAGGUGGCUGCCUGGAGCUUAAUAAAUUUUACUUGCAGCGAAAUCCA